CUGCUUUGGUCAAUAGGAGAAGAAGCGGCAGUUUAGGAUACAGGGAAAGACAUUUCACUCCCUGUCACGAAACUGUUACAGUACAACAGUACAACAGCACAACAGUACAAGUUGUGUUAAUUCGGUAUGAUGCAGGCUCUGAAAGGCGUCAGGUAUCUGAGCUCCAGCUCAGUGAAACAGGCGGUGUCGGAACUCACUAUCCCAGUGCCGUGGGGCGUCAUACGAGGUCUUGCCUGGGGUCCUGACCACGGUCGUCCUGUGUUAUGUCUUCAUGGCUGGGCUGAUAACUGUGGCACGUUCAAGACCCUGGUUCCACUACUGCCCAAAGAGUGCAGGUACGUGGCCUUUGACCUUCCAGGUCAUGGGCGGUCAUCACAUCGUCCUCCUGGAGAGUUCUACAUUUUUCCUUCAUAUGUGAUGGACGUACACAGAGUCACUGACGCUCUGCAGUGGAGCAAAUUCUCCAUCAUAGGCCACAGUAUGGGUGGUAAUAUCGCUGGAAUGUUCAGCGCUCUGUAUCCUGAGAAGGUGGAUGCUCUUGUACUGCUGGACUCAUAUGGAUUUCUACCUACAGACGUGAAAAAAUUUCCCACAAUAAUGAGAACUGGGAUGGAGCAGAUGCUCGAGUUUGAGAAGAUGAAAGACGAGAAAGAAAGAAAAGUUUACACGUAUGAGAAAGCAGCCUCCAGGCUUUCAGCUGCAAACCCAGCUCUGUCAGAGCGCUCUGUGCAGAUCCUUUUAGAGCGAGGUUUAGUUCCUGUUGACGGAGGUGUUGCGUUCACCCGAGACAUCCGCAUUAACCUGAAGAACAUAGUGCGCGCCACACUUGAACUAUGUCUGGACAUGCAGUCGAGGAUAAAAGCUUCCGGUCUAAUUGUUCUAGCACAAGACGGCUUUGAGAAGAUGUUUGCAGAAGACGAACAAAAGAAGUUUGUCUCAGCACUGGAGCGGGCCUACAGGGACAGAAAUCACAAAGUGGUGAGGAUACAAGGUGAUCAUCACAUCCACUUGAAUAAGCCUGAAGUCGUAGCUCCCCUGGUGUCGGAGUUCCUGGAGAGCACAGUGUUGUCGCAGUCAGGAGCACAGACAGACGACUCCACCUCUAAGUUAUAGUUGACGUGAAGACACUCUUAAAUGAUCUUUAAAACAUUGCUGUAACAUGGGUUUUUCUUUAUUCAGGAAAUGAAUCUAGCUGUUGUCCACCUCCAUCUGUGUUCAUAUCCUGAAAACAGGAAUUACAAACAGACAGGUUUUCAGCAGUUUUUAUACAUUCAACAUUAUAAUAACGUAGGGAUGUAAGUAAUCCUAAAUUUGUUUUAAUCUAAAAACUACAGGUCUGGUCUGGUCAUUUGAAUAAAAUAACACCUGCUCAGAAACACACUCUUAACCUCAACAGUUACUAUCAUGAAAACACCAACAUUUUGUUUUUACCUGCUGUGAUGUCUUGAAGUCUAAAUCUUUCUCACCACAUAUUUCUGUCUAAUAACAUUAUCAAGUUGAUCUGAAGUAACUAAAAAAACAACGAUCAUGUUCUAGCAACUUAAUUAUGUUAAUUUUAUUAUUUAUUGUUAAUAAUUCCUAGACAAAUUAUUGUCCUGGAAGAUACCAGAGAACCUUAUUAAUAAAUGUAAUAUUUCCUUCCUUAU